AUGUCGUCCACAUUGUUGGACAAGCGCAGACUGAAGGAUCGAAAUCGGAAUUUCAAUCCCCGUUGGGAAGAAGAGUUUGCGUUCAUUAAUUUUGGCGGUCGACCGUUGUGUCUGAUUUGCAAUGUAGCCCUGACACAUUUCAAAUCGUGCAAUCUGAAACGACACUACGAAACGCAUCACAAAUCAUUCGCAAUCGAAUAUCCUCCUUGGUCCGAGAGACGUCGGAAACGACUACUGGCUCUGAAAGUGAAUCGUACACAUCAGGAUGUCCCGAUGAGUGCGUUUGACGAGGAGACCAGACUGGCUACCGAGGCCGGAUUUGUCAUUUCACAGGCCUGUGCGCAGAACAGUCGGCUUUUAUCCGAGGGGGAAUCAUGCAAACAACUGGUGCUGGAUGUAGUCUCAAUCUUGGAUCCACUAAAUGGUCGAUUGCGACAAUUGAUCGAUGACAUUCCUCUCGUCCGAAGUAGUUGGCUCAAAUCAGACGGGUCUGAACUGGUCUCAGAUACCCUUGUGGAAGAAACUGCUCCAACGUCAGAUGCUCAAGCUGCUUCAGAUGAUUCCAGACCGACUAGUCCGAAACCGAUUGAUCAUCACCCGAAUCGUUCUCUAUCCCAGCUGAUCGAAGAUAUCGAGCAUGCUUCGGGUUGUUUUAUCUGUUCGGCCUGUUUGCCCAGCUCCGCGGACACGAACAACCCAGUGCCGUUCGCCUGUUCCGAUCCGAUCGCAUUUCGAUCCCAUUUAGCCUCCGAGCAUCCUCGCCUGACCAGUCUGGUCUGUGCCUAUUGUAAUCUGUGCGUUCAGUGCACCCACUUUGUGUCACACGUGAGCGCUCAUUUUUUCCCCGACACCGAGACCGCCACAACCACGAGGGAGAUUUUCACGUGCCCGGCCGAGCCGGAAUGCGAUAGUCACUUCGCAUCCUCGCAGUACACUGCACUCCAAGUGCACUGGAACACACAUCAUGCCGACCCGGACGAGGAGGAGGACGAGGAAGGACGGUCGCAACAAUUCAAAUGUCCCCACUGUACGCAAUCGACUUUCACUAGUCUGACUGACUGGGCCGAACACAUUCAACAGUACGCACGUCCGCUGGUACAUUGUGGUGUAUCCGGUUGUCUAGUCAAAUCGCCCUCCCGAUCCCUGCUUCUGGAACAUGUGGCAAGGAAACACGUAGAAUCCACAGAAACGUUGCCCGCGAACACCUCGGCCUUGAUCCACGAGACCUUUGAGGUACGUCUCCUGAGUGCACACAUUCGUGUUAUUCAGCAAAUCUAUCAUGUCUGCUCAACUUUUAUUUGA